AUGGAGCCAGAUAUCCUUCUAUAUCCUCCUGAGGAUCUCACAUGUAGGCUCUGUGGAAACGUUUCCACAGCGCGGUCAAAGUUUCAGGACCACUACGCUGAGAGCCAUAACAUUGAAAUACUUUGGAGAUGUUCUAAGUGCCUGGACAAGGUACUGGGUCCUAUCAAAUCAAUAUCGUCCCACCUUUCUAAGUGUGCCCGAAGGCAGCCCGCUGCCUCACAGCCUCAAGAUCGCACUGCACAGGCGAGUGGCACGACGGAUCGUGAAACAGUAUCUGCGCCUGAACCGGGCCAAUCGGAAGCCUCCCGUGCUACCAUCAUAUCCUACGGCAGAUGGACCGACUCAGAAUUGAGAGCCUUAGCCAACCUUGAGGUUUCUUUGGGAACGCACCCAUUCAUUAAUCAGGAAUUGGCUAAAAGAUUCACGACCAGAUCUGUGAUGAGUAUCCGCACGCAAAGGCAUCAGGCGCGCUAUAAAGAAAUCUACCAGCAAGCGUUGCGGGAUCCUGUCGUGGCGGCUCUAUCGUCAGUCCCUGUAGUGGCCAGAGGCUUGGAUACCGAGAGACAUGCUGAGAUAGAGGUGGGGGCGGCUGCGGGUCGGGUACAUGACGAAAGGAAUGAUGAAGGGGCCACGGACCCCAUUACUCAAAAUCUAUCUUCUCACAGUGAAAUGACAUUUGUGGCCCCGGACUGGUCCCAGUGCGACACUGCCCAGAGGGUGCCUACGGACUCUGGGGACGUGGGUGCUGCUGCCUCUGGCGGCGGGGGCUCGGGUGUGCGCGGGCGAGCUGUCGACCCGAUGGAGUUAACCCGUUCAUUGAACACGACUUUGGAAGAAAUGGAGCCUGAGCUUUACAUUACCUCCUCGAAUGCCACCAACCUGUCAGAGCUAGCGGAACUGCUGGCCGGAGAGGCUUCGAGCCCCCCAAAUCAACAGUGGCUGAUGGGUAACUUGGGUCCGAGCAUGGCCCGAGUGUCUGUUCACAACGAACUGGGUGCUGGGGAGAGUGAUGAUGUCACGCCCCAUAAUCUGAUUAAUGCACCGUGUGGCAUUAACGCUACAUCUAAUGGAAACGGGAGUUCUGUUGGUGAGACGGCGAGCUUGCGUUCGCCCGGGUCUGUGGCGUUGGGGGUGGCGCCGCCCUUGCCCCCGGAUCCUGAUGGGGCUCUGCCCUUACAGACCCAGCGGCGUUUCUCUGAAGUAUCCUGUUUGUUCGAAGAGGUUGGGCUGUCGGAUGCCUCGCUCGCGAGGAGGAUUGCAACCUCACCUAUAUCUCAAUUGGACCUUGAGUCCAUUCUUCGACACUUCGGAGUUGCGCUGGGCCCGAGAUCGAAUAAACCAUCAAGGGCGAAUAAUCAAAGGCGGGGCCACUCUCAGAGAGGCAACAGAAGUGAGAGAAAGAAACGAAAAUUUAACGAACAUCAGCGUUUGUAUCGCUUGGGCCCUCGUGUAUUGUUACACCAACUGAUGUCAGAGGACCAAGAGGGCUCUACAGUACUUAAGUUAGAAGAGAUCCAGGGGCUUUAUGAACCUAUAUUCUCAAAUUCGUCUGGUUCAACGGGAAUUGAGAUCCCGUCCCGUGAUAAGGCUGUUGUGGAUACCACGCCUUUCAGUUAUGAGGAGGUGGUCGACACACUUCGGCAGAUGGACAAGAAGGCGGCACCUGGUCCGGACCACAUGAAAGUAAGCGACCUGUAUAUGAUCCCACCUAAGAUAUUAUGUCUGAUCAUGAAUAACUUCUUUAUUCACAAAGUUAUCCCCCCGGAGUUAAAGAGAUCAAGGACUAUUUUUAUACCAAAGAAAGUUACGCCAAGAUCAGCGGCGGAAGUAAGACCGAUCACUAUGUCACCAGUGAUAUGUCGUUUAUACUCCCGUCUGCUCCUCCGUAGGCUCUCGGCCGAGAAUUCCUUCCAUCCCCUGCAGGGGUGUUUUCAAGAAGACAGAGAGACGAGCACUAACCUUCUGGCCCUCCAGGCUCUUAUGAAGAUUUUAAAGAAACAGAAAAAGAGCCUGUACGCAGUGAGUCUGGAUGUCCGCAAGGCCUUCGACUGUGUGUCACACGAGGCCAUUGUCGCAGCUGCAGAAGGAAGGGACAUCCCUGAACACUUCUUACAAGUGUUGCAAGACCUUUACAAGGGAUGUUCGACAUCGUUUUUCUGGAACGGCAAGACCAAUGGGAGAGAGGUGACAGUUAACCAGGGUAUUAAACAAGGAGACCCUCUCUCUCCCUUUUUGUUCAAUGCCGUUCUAGAUCCCUUCUUGCAGCUGGCUAACGAUUCGGGCCUCGGGGUUCAGAUAGAUCGACAGCACGCGGCAGCGAUGGCCUUCGCGGACGAUCUCCUGCUUUUUUCAUCUAGUUUGGAGCGUUGGUGCGAAUGUCUGAGGACUAUCUCGGCCGAGCAAGCCUGA